GCCCGGUGCUGCUGCACCAUGGCCGCCUCCGAAGCUCCCUGCUACUUGGGAUGGGACUUCAGCACCCAGCAGCUUAAAGUUAUUGCCAUUGAUGAGCAGCUGAGAGUCAUCUAUGAGGAUAACAUUCAUUUCGACAAAGACCUUCCGGAAUUUGGGACUCAUUGCGGCGUCCACGUCCACAGUGAUAAGCUGACAGUGACUUCUCCUGUGUUAAUGUGGAUCAAGGCUCUGGAUAUGAUCUUGGAAAAGAUGAAAUCUUCUGGCUUUAACUUCUCUCAUGUGAGAGCUUUUUCUGGGGCUGGACAGCAGCAUGGAAGCGUGUAUUGGAAAGAAGGAGCCAGCCAAAUUUUAAAGAAUUUAUCACCUGAUCUUCCUUUACAUCAAUUACUAAAGGCUUGUUUUUCUGUCAGUGACAGCCCUGUCUGGAUGGAUUCUAGUACUACUACCCAGUGCUUAUCUCUUGAGAAAGCUGUUGGAGGGGCACAGCACCUAGCUAAUAUCACUGGUUCACGAGCAUGCGAGCGUUUUACAGGAAACCAGAUAGCAAAGAUUUACAGCCAGACUCCUGAGGUCUACGCACAAACUGAGAGAAUCUCUGUGGUUAGUAGCUUUGCAGCAUCCCUUUUUCUAAGUGCUUAUGCACCCAUCGAUUAUUGUGAUGGUUCUGGAAUGAAUUUACUGCAGAUUCGUGAUAAAAUAUGGUCCACCGCCUGCCUCAAUGCUUGUGCGCCUGGAUUAGAAGAAAAGCUGGGACCUGUUGUGCUAUCUAGCUCAGUAUUGGGCUCUGUUUCUCCAUAUUAUAUUCAGCGCUAUGGGUUUAGUCCAGACUGUAAAGUAGUAGCAUUUACCGGGGACAAUCCAGCAUCGCUUGCAGGAAUGAAACUUGAAGAAGGGGACAUUUCGAUUAGUCUUGGCACAAGCGACACAUUGUUUCUUUGGAUUAAAGAACCAACGCCUGCAUUAGAAGGUCAUAUUUUCUGCAAUCCUGUUGACUCUCAAGCCUAUAUGGCACUUUUAUGUUUUAAGAAUGGCUCUCUAAUAAGAGAGAGGAUCAGAGAUGACUGUGCUUCAGGCUCCUGGGACGAAUUCUCCAAAGCCCUAAAAUGUACUGUUGUUGGAAACAAUGGAAACCUAGGUUUCUAUUUUGAUGUGAUAGAGAUUACUCCUGAAGCUGUUGGGAUUCACAGAUUCAACAGAGACAACAACAAGGUUCCAGACUUUCCAAAGGAGAUGGAGAUACGAGCAUUGAUCGAAGGACAGUUCAUGGCCAAGAGGAUUCAUGCUGAAAAGCUGGGAUAUAAAAUCAUGCCAAGAACAAGGAUUUUGGCCACUGGUGGAGCAUCAUAUAAUAAAGAAAUCUUACAGGUCCUGUCUGAUGUGUUUAGCGCACCAGUGUAUACUAUUGACACCGCCAACUCUGCUUGUUUAGGAUGUGCUUACAGAGCAAUUCAUGGGCUUGUGGCAGAAACAAGUGUGUCCUUGGUAGAUGUAGUGAAAUUAGCACCAGAGCCUAGAUUAGUUGUUACACCAACCGCUGGGGCAGACCAGCUCUACCAGCCCCUUCUGAAAAGAUAUGCAGAGCUUGAACAAAAGGUGCUCUACAGUCCAAACUCAUCUAUUCUGGCUAAAUUGCAAGAAAAAGAAAAAUCUAAGACUAGCUCAAGGAAUUGA